AUGUCUGCGAGACAACAGAAACUGCCUGGAUCCCUGCAGCCACCCGCAACUGCCUCCACAGGAUCGGGAGACCAAGAAAACUACGACUCACACGAGCUCCCUGAAAAAUCAGAGAAAGGACCUGCUGCCUCAAGAUGCUCCCAGAGUGCUGUUAAUCAAGGAAAAUCAGAAGACCCCCUGCACAAGCGCAGAGGGGGGAUUCCCUCCCCCCAGCAGCAUUCAGCUGACACCAGCGGGGAUGCUUGUUACCGGUCCCUGCAGUCUGAAAAGAUCAAAGCUGCGAAGACAUUCUUCAUUCAUCGAGCAGUCCCGGCUUUGUCUCCUACCCAACCCAAAAAAUUUCGGCCCUGCGUCAACCUCUGGGGCGGGCACCGGGCCUGCCUUUCCCUCCGGCAUCCCUGGGGGGCGGCGGCCGUGGCGCAUCCCGGGCAGGGCUGGGCUGAGCCCGGCUCCACGGGGGAACCCCCGCGCCAGGGGCGAGGGCUCCGCCGCACCUCGCACAACUCCCGGGCGGCAACUUCGCCUUUGCGACCCGACCCUAAGCGGAGAAGAGCAGCCCCGCGCAGACUUCUCUGCACCGCGGCGCUGGCAGAGGCACUUCAGCGAGGUGUCGCCCCCCGCCAGCCCGGCCAGCCCCCAGCGCUGCCGCCCGCGGGCCCGGCCCCGCUCACCGACGCGCCCCGUCCCCUGUCCCGGCGCCGGCGGGUCCCUGCCCGCGGCCCGCCCGCCCCGCCGCACCUGUGCCGGCGCUCGCCGCGCUCCGAGCCGGGCCCGGGGCCGCCGCUGCCGGCGGGGCGCGGGCGGUGCGGGGCCGGCCCGGCUGCGCGGGCGCGGCUCCGUGCGCGGCCCCGGCGGGCGGGGGGCGCGGCGAGGACGCGCUACUGCCGCCGCCCACGACUGCCGGCGCCGCCACCCCCGCGGGCGGGAGCCGCUUUCGGUUUCAUGGCAACCCCCGGGCGGGGAGACCCCGGCGGCGGCACCGCCCCUCUCCGGGCAACGCCGGCGCUCCCGGGCUGGGGGAGGGAGCAGCGGCGUCCCCCCGCCUCCUUAGGGACGGCAGCGCCGGGACCCGCGGCUGGGGAAGGCUCCCCGGCAGCCCAUCCUCACCCGCCGGCCGCCCCGGGCUCAGCACGCCGCCCCGCAGCGUCCCGAACGCCCGGUGAGGUGCGGUAA